UUUAGUUGAGCUCUAUAGUUUGAAACAUAAACAUUCUUUUUCCGUAUUAUCUACCAAGCGAAAUGGAUGAAUUAUCGAAGGAGGAGCAGGAUCUGCUUAAACAGACCUUUCGGAUCUUGGACAAGGAGAACGAGGGAGCCAUUACCUCCAAGGAGUUGGGCGUAGUGAUUCGCGCUUUGGGUCGCCAGCCCAACGAAUCCGAGGUGCAGUCGAUGAUCAAUGAGGUGGAUUCGGAUGGCAAUGGAUCCAUUUCGGCUGAAGAGUUUUACGGAGUAAUUCUGCGCAAGAUGCGCGACACAAGUAAGGAGGAUGAGCUGCGCGAUUCGUUCCGCGUUUUUGACAAGGAGAACAACGGUUACAUUUCUACCACGGAAUUGAGGGCUGUCUUCAUGGCUCUGGGCGAAAAACUCGGCGAGGACGAGCUGGAGGAAAUGAUUCGCGAGUACGACAUCGAUCAGGACAAUCACAUCAAUUUUGAGGAGUUUGUCAAUAUGAUGACCUUGCGUUAGUCUCCAAGACAAAUCGAAUUUUACAAUGAUUGUUACGUACCGUACCUUAUCUACA